AAAAAGGACAUUUGUAAUUUAAUUAUCUAUAGGCUAAUGUUAGUUACACUCAGUUUGAUUGUUUGCGAAAACAACUUAUCAACCCAGUAAAAUGGCUCCAUAAGCCAACUGAAACAUCCGCUGUGGGAGGUCGCUGAAACUGAAGUAACGCUUCCAACACCUUCUGUGGCAUCCUAGCGGUCGCCUAUCACAUUCGGCUACAGGGCUUCUCAUAAUGGACUAGAGGCGGAGGCUUCUAAAGAAUAGCAGCUGCGGGCAAGGAAGACCAAGAACCCGCUCCUCGGAACGACCAUCGCAAUGAGAUUCGCCGUCGGUCUGGGAAUAGGAACAUUACUUUUACGCAUAUUCGAUCACGGCUCCGUGACAUCUUUUGGGGCACCUGAACCGGACUUUUGCUAUCUUCAUUUUUUUUGUUUUACUUUCCCCCUCCGCUCAGCUUAAUGAGAAAUAGAAGACGAGGAGGAUAAAGGCACUGGGCAACACUUUUCCAGCCAGGACUUUCUUAUCCAUGUGUAGAUCUCCAAAAUAAAGUGCAAUAGUCAAAGCGUGGAAGAAACAGAAAUGGAAGUGGAGUAAAUGAAAAGAAAGGACUUGUGAUAACAAUGGGACUCCUUAAACUUAAAGACGCGUUGGGUAGAAAAGGUAGGCUACAAUAAAAACUAAUGGCACAAAUACAUUUACAAAAGUGUGGCGGGUAACAACAGAACAAAACCAACCAGAAGGGAGAGAACUGUUCUAGACUUAGUAAUGUCCAUCACUGUUGUACGGUGGACCGUGCGGAAAGACAGGUGGAUAGGAAGUAAAGUAUAGUGUAAUUAUCAAAUCCAUCCCUCAUUUCCAUAUCUAGUGUGGGUCAGCUGGACCUUAGCCAAUCCCCCAUCGAAAGCCACCAAGAGUCAUCAAGCAUUAUCCUCCAUCAUAAUUACACUGACAUGCGCAAUCUGCACAUGGAUGCUGAUGUAUCCGCCAAAGGCAACAAGAGCAACUAGCAGAGAACUGACAACAUGUCCCGCCGCAAGCAAGCGAAGCCACAACAUCUCAAAUUGGACGAAGAAGCGUUGCAAACUGACGUCGCCACAGAACAUGCUCUAUUGGAGGGAAUGGAUGASGAGGAGCGCCGCCGUGGCAUUGAGGAAGCGCACGUGCGUAAACAAAUUGCUGAGUACUUCACCUGGGCCGAACUGUAUGAGCACCAGAGAAGCUGCACAGAGGACCUACCUCAGGUCCUCAUUGUGAAGGAAGAUGAGGGGAUCCCUGAACCUGAGGGGUCCCCAGCUGGAUCCUCUCCAACCCUCAGCCUGGCCAUUCUUAACCUGGCCCACAGUGACUCAGCAGACAUGGRGUCAGUGGACGGGGGCCUCGAACUGGUGGAGCCUAUGAAUUAUAAUGAUAAUGACAGCACAGAUAUGUUAGAGGAGAUGAACAUGGGGGAGAAGGAGGAUGAAUCCAUGGAGGUGGAGCAGCAGCACCACGACAAAUAUAAGUCAUCUAGCCCCCAGAAUCCCCCAGACAUAACUGAGUUGGCCAUCCCUUCAUCUCAGUCGUCCUCUGUGACCAGCAGCAUGCCCAGUACGAACGUAACGCUGGAGAUCCUCCACAGUACCCGGGUGGCUGUUGCCCAGUUCUCCCAGAGCCUCCACAGUAGUGGGGCAGGAGGGAAGGCGGCCACAGCGGCCAUCCCAGUGAUCCUAGAGCACCUGCUGGCUUUGCAGCAGCAACAGGUCCACCAGUUGCAGCUUAUUGAGCAGAUCCGUAGCCAGGUGGCCUUCAUGAACAGACAGCCCACACAAACAGCACUAAACCCAGUCUCCAGGGCCCUUUCACUGGCACCAAACCCUUUCCCCUCCCAAGGCCUCAUCGCUCCCCCUGUCCUACCACUGUCUGGGACCAUACCCUCUGCUGUCAAUGGACAAGCGUCUGUGUCUUCGGCAUCUGUGCUUGAAAGAUCCCACACACUCUCCAAACAAACUUCAUAUGGACAGGCCCACAUGAGAGAUGCUAGAUGUACCUCAGCUCCCUCGGACAACUCUGCCCCUCCCCCUACUAGCUGCAACAAUAUUUCCUCAUUACAUCCUCCCUACAUGGGUUCAUACUCACACACAAGCAGUAGCUGUACUCAGACCCUGACCUCGUCCAGCCCACUCUCCAUGCAGGAUCAGAGCAACAGUCUCCUCAGCUCACCAUCCAGCCUGCCGUUUCUACCUCAGAGCCCCCCCAGCAGUGUCAUCUUCCCCAACCCCCUGGCCAGCAUCGCAGCCACGACUAAUGCCCUCGACCCCCUUUCCGCCCUGAUGAAGCACCACCGGAAUGGCAAGCUGCCCAGUGUGUCCAUGUUCGACACCAAGCCCAGCCCUGAGGAGCCCUUUUUCAAACAUAAGUGCAGGUUCUGCGCCAAAGUGUUUGGCAGCGACAGCGCGCUGCAGAUCCACCUGCGCUCUCACACCGGGGAGAGGCCCUUCAAGUGCAACCUCUGCGGCAAUCGCUUCUCCACUAAAGGGAACCUGAAAGUCCACUUCCAGAGACACAAAGAAAAGUAUCCCCAUGUUCAGAUGAACCCUUAUCCAGUGCCGGAAUAUUUAGACAAUGUGCCAACGAGCUCUGGUAUUCCCUAUGGCAUGUCAUUCCCUCCUGAAAAAACAGGAGCCACUUGGCUGGAUAGCAAGCCUGUUUCAGCGACGGUACCCACCUCUAUGGGCAUUCAGCUUCCCUUCACUCUCACUACUAUGGGAAGCUCAAGUGGAUCUCUAAGUGUCACACCACCCAUCAAAUCUCCUUUUGGGCCCUCCCCAGCCUUAAGUGAAUGUGUGUCUUUGUCGCUGAACACUACAGGCAAUGAAACCAGUGUUCCCACAGCUUUAGAGUCUCCACAGUCUAAUCAGGAGGGGGAAUCCUCCCAUGUCUUGAAAGCAGAGGAAAUCCAUCUGCCCCAAAACUGGAUGACUAGACCCAGGGUGAGUCCAUUUACUGUGGCAACAAGUAAAGCCAUGACUAUUACCACAUCCACACCCGAGCCCAGUGCUUUGACUUCCAACUUUCUACCACUUUCCCUGGCCUCUGACCCGUUCAAAGCAAAGUUUCCAUUCGGUGGCCUCCUGGACUCUAUGCAAACGUCAGAGACCUCAAAGCUCCAGCAGCUGGUGGAGAACAUAGACAAGAAGAUAACAGACCCCAACCAGUGUGUCCUUUGUCACCGCGUGCUCAGCUGCCAAAGCGCGCUGAAGAUGCACUACCGUAUCCACACUGGGGAGAGGCCCUUUAGAUGUAAGGUGUGUGGCAGGGCUUUCACCACCAAAGGAAACCUGAAUACACACAUUGGUGUCCACAGAGCAAACCCUCCUCUCCGGGUUCAACAUUCAUGCCCCAUCUGCCAGAGGAAGUUCACCAACGCUGUAGUGCUACAGCAGCACAUCCGCAUGCACAUGGGGGGUCAGAUCUCAAACUCGCCCUUGAUGGACGGCCUACAGGACCUCGACACUGAUCUCUCCUUCCACGAGAAGAACUUUGACAGCCUGAAAAACUAUGACAAUGACCUCAUGUUUGACAACUCCAUGGGGGAGGAAGAGGAKGAUGAAGAAGAAGAAGAGGUAGACAAUAUGGAGGGGGGUGUAGAUACCCUUAAACCCCUGAGCUCUGUCUUUAGUUCUCCUCCCAACUCUGAUGCUGUUGUCUUCAGCAUAGCUGCACUGGAGAACCAAAUGAAAAUGAUAGACUCCACCAUAAACCUAAACCACUCCUUUGGGCUAAAGUCAAUGAUGAAUGGUUUUAUGGACAGUGAACGCCGCGUUGCUAUCCACUCCUCUAUAGUGGGAGAAGGACAGAAUCACAAUGCAGCCAGCAGCCCAACCGUGUCUGAAUCGUCCACGUGUAUGCAUGUACCAGUGUCACCUGCGCAAAGCAAUUCGGAGGUCCACCUCUGCAAUUCCCCAUCUGGGAAGCACAGUGGAGAGUCCCAAGAGAUCAAAGCCUCAGUGAAGAGUGAGGAAUUUGAUUCGCCCACCUCAACUCCGGUACUGGAAAAUGGAGUGACUUUGGAUCUGAGAGGGAUGCAACCUAACAGGCAGUGUGUGAAACAGGAGAGUCCUUACAGUACGCUGUUCCUGAGUAAAGAACGUGGUUCCAGCCAAAGCAUUCCUAGCCUGAUUACCAGCAUUGCGCCAAGGAUGAUCAAAUCUGAAAUGAAUGGGCACCAUCGACCAACGAACUUCAACGAGGGGCUGCAUCAUCCAUUCGGCCUCCAGGUCCCUGCUGCUCCUCCAUCUCUGGUGAGCCCAGGAAUCACCUCUCUGCUUAGGCCACCUCACCUUCGACGGACCCCGAAGCAACACAACUGCCAUGCAUGUGGGAAGAACUUCUCCUCAGCCAGCGCUCUACAGAUCCAUGAGCGGACCCACACAGGGGAGAAACCUUUCGGUUGCUCCAUCUGUGGCAGGGCAUUCACAACUAAAGGAAACCUGAAGGUACACAUGGGCACUCAUAUGUGGAACAACGCACCAGCCAGAAGAGGCAGGCGUCUGUCGGUGGAGAACCCCAUGGCCUUGCUGGGUGGGGAAGCUGCCAUGAAGUUCGGAGAGAUGUUUCAGAAGGACCUGACGGAACGGGCCAUGAACGUGGACCCAGGGUUCUGGAACCGCUACGCAUCAGCUAUAACCAACGGCCUAGCCAUGAAGAAGAAUGAGAUCUCAGUGAUCCAGAAUGGGGGGAUUCUACAGCUUUAUCCCAUGACGGCAGGCAUGGACAGAGUCAGCACUGGGGGUAGCCCACCAAUGACCAGUCUUGGAAAGACAGCCAUGGACCUUGGAAUUAACAGACCCGACACUUUUCUAUGUUAAUUGAUGACAGUAAAGAGAUUGGGAUCAAKUUAAAUAAAUUGAAUGGCAGAUUAAUAAAAGAAAUAGAUUAUACAAACAAUGUAGAGAAUAAAUGAUUGAU